UGACCCCGAUCGCCGCUCCGCCGUGACGUGACAGCGCACGCGCAUUACCAAAGGGAUCUGACCCCGAUCGCCGCUCCGCCGUGACAGCGCACGCUCAGUGAGGAGGAAGACCGAGGUUCCGCGGUCCGCCGGUUCAAUCCCGAGUGUCGUCCGUCAUGGCCAAGAAUUUGCGCGUGGUGCUGCUGUUCGGUGGUUUUGCGGCUGCAGUCGGAGCUGCGUUUUAUCCCAUCUACUUCCGGCCGCUGAUUUACACUAAGGAAUACCAGCAGGAACAAAAGGUGAAUCGAACUGGAAUAAAUCAGGAGGAAAUUCAGCCUGGAGGAAUGAAAGUCUGGACUGACCCCUUCAAUCGAAAGUGAUCAAGAUAUUGUUAAGAAACAAUGAAGAAAUGCUUCAAUGGCCCUUUAGUACCUUGACAUUGUUAUGAGGAAAAUACUAUAAUGAUUACUUUUAUGUUAAUCUAUUCAUUAGGUAAUGGCAGGAUUUAUAUUGAAGUGGAUUUUUACAUUUAAACUUUCUCCAUAUAUAGAGAGAAAGAGAGAGAGAGAGAUAUAUAUAGAGAGAUAUACUAGAUAUAUCUCUAAUAGAUGGAGGUAUCUCACAACAGGACUUUGAUAACGAUCAUGGUGUGGGGGGGGGGGGGGGAGAGAGUGGAUGAGAAAAUCUUUAAUUUCCAAGCUGUAAUUGAACCUUCAGUCAAUGUCAGUAAAAUUAAUUAUGCAGAUUUUAUGGCAGGUAUCAGGAAAUUUAUUGUGCACAUUUUGUCUACUAUGUUCCCUAUAUCACAUUGCAGAUUGCACAGUCAUUUGUUGGCUAGAGUUUGUUGUCUACAGUUUGUAAUUCAAGUUUCAAAGUACAUUUAUUAUCAAAGAAUGUAUAAAUUAUACAGUUUUGAGAUUUGUUUACUCACAUGUAGUCACAAUGCAAGAAACCCAAAAGAUCCAAUUAAAGAAAAAAAAUAAAAGACCAACAUCCAAGUUCACAGAUUUGUUAAGUUGUAUGAUGUUUACAAACUAAUUAUAGUUCACUGGAACUAUAGGAUUGCUUAAAAAUAGAUAUAAACACAAGUAAUGAGCCGUCAUUAACCCCAAUAAAGGCACAAAUUUCAUGUAAUGAAACUUUGAAAUUAUUCAAUGUAUUUUAGGGAUAGUCACAAGAUAUAUAAAUUUUUGUUUGGUUAUAUAAAUGACUCGUGCUAAUAUCUUAGAAGCAACAACUCAAGAGUUGAUACAGAGAUUUGUUUAAAUACUUGCUUACCUUGGUCUGAAAUAAAUUAUGUGACUAUUAUAAUAGGAUUUGAAUGUUAUAGAGCAAUAAUUGUGCAGUAAAUUUACAAAGUGUGUACCUAUUUCACUGGAGGAAAACUCUCAAAUUGUUUAUAAGAUAAUAAAUCUUAAACUAGAAAGGAUAACCAGUGUCAUACACUAAGAUGGCAUACUACUAAUUAGUGUAUUUUACUUUGGCCUAAUCACUGUAAACUGUGGAAAAAAUAUUAAAUAAAGAAUAGUUUUGCUCAUCUGA